AUGAAGGGUUCAGGAAAUAUGGGAAAAACGCAAGUAUGGGAAAAACGCAAAUAUCGGAAAAACGCAAAUAUGGAAAAAACGCAAAUAUGGGAACAACGCAAAUAUGGGAACAACGCAAAUAUGGGAACAACGCAAAUAUGGGAACAACGCAAAUAUGGGAACAACGCAAAUAUGGGAACAACGCAAAUAUGGGAAAAACGCAAAUAUGGGAAAAACGCAAAUAUGGGAACAACGCAAAUAUGGGAACAACGCAAAUAUGGGAACAACGAAAAUAUGGGAACAACGAAAAUAUGGGAACAACGAAAAUAUGGGAACAACGAAAAUAUGGGAACAACGAAAAUAUGGGAACAACGAAAAUAUGCGAACAACGAAAAUAUGGGAACAACGAAAAUAUGGGAACAACGAAAAUAUGGGAACAACGAAAAUAUGGGAACAACGAAAAUAUGGGAACAUCGCAAAUAUGGGAACAUCGCAAAUAUGGGAACAGCGCAAAUAUGGGAACAACGCAAAUAUGGGAACAACGCAAAUAUGGCAACAACGCAAAUAUGGGAACAACGCAAAUAUGGGAACAACGCAAAUAUGGGAACAACGCAAAUAUGGGAAAACCGCAAAUAUGGGAAAAACGCAAAUAUGGGAAAAACGCAAAUAUGGGAAAAACGCAAAUAUGGGAAAAACGCAUAUAUGGGAAAUACGCAAAUAUGGGAAAUACGCAAAUAUGGGAAAAACGCAAAUAUGGGAAAAACGAAAAUAUGGGAACAACGCAAAUAUGGGAACAACGCAAAUAUGGGAACAACGCAAAUAUGGGAACAACGCAAAUAUGGGAACAACGCAAAUAUGGGAACAACGCAAAUAUGGGAACAACGCAAAUAUGGGAACAACGCAAAUAUGGGAACAACGCAAACAUGGGAACAACGCAAACAUGGGAAAAACGCAAACAUGGGAAAAACGCAAACAUGGGAAAAACGCAAACAUGGGAAAAACGCAAACAUGGGAAAAACGCAAACAUGGGAAAAACGCAAACAUGGGAUAAACGCAAACAUGGGAAAAACGAAAACAUGGGAAAAACGCAAACAUGGGAAAAACGCAAACAUGGGAAAAACGGAAUCAUGGAAAAAACGCAAUCAUGGAAAAAACGCAAACAUGGGAAAAACGCAAACAUGGGAAAAACGCAAACAUUGGAAAAACGCAAACAUUGGUAAAACGCAAACAUGGGAAAAACGCAAACAUGGAAAAACGCAAAUGUAG